UACUCUUUGGGUAACCAUGGCGAGUACACAUUUACUCCUUGCCUUUUUGGCAUGUUUCAGCUUCGCUUAUGGAGCUCAUCCCGAUAUUGGUCUUAGCCCCUUGGAAUUAAUUACAAAAUAUGGAUACCCAUUAGAAAGACAUUGGGUAACCACCGAAGAUGGCUACAUUUUAAACAUGCACAGAAUUCCCCAUGGUUUGAAAAAUGCCGAUGAACCAAACAAACCCCCAGUUUUAAUUAUGCAUGGUUUAUUAAGUAGUGGAGCUGAUUUUGUUAGUUUGGGUCCAGAAAAAGCCAUUGGUUUCCUUUUGGCUGAUUUGGGUUAUGAUGUUUGGCUAGGAAAUGCUAGAGGAACUACUUAUUCAAGAAAUCACACCACCUUAAAUCCCGAUGAGAAAGAUUUCUGGAUGUUCAGUUGGCACGAAAUUGGUUACUAUGAUAUCGCAGCGAAAGUUGAUUAUAUUCUUGAAAAGAAUGGUCAAGACAAAGUAUUUUAUAUUGGACACUCUCAAGGAACUACAGUUUCUUAUGUACUUUUGGCCGAUCGUCCAGAAUAUAAUGAUAAAAUGCGUUUGGUUGUUUCUUUAGGACCAGCUGCUUAUAUGUCUAGCAUGAUCAACAUUUUCUUCAAAGUCGCAGCCAUGGUUCUUGAUGAUCUUGUUACCAUCAUUGAAGGACUUGGUUGGUACGAAUUAUUAAGCUACAACGAAACCAUGUCACACACCAUCACCGAAUUAUGCGCCGAAGGUGCUGAUUAUCAAGAGAUUUGUGCUAGUUUACUCUUUAUGAUUUGCGGUUAUAAUCUUCCCCAAGUCAAUUAUACCACUCUUCCCGUUUUAAUGAGCAACGUCCCAGCUGGCAUUUCUUACCGCCAACUUAUCCAUUACGGCCAAGAAAUUAACAGCAAAAGAUUCACUCAUUACGACUUUGGUGCAGAACAAAAUCUCGAAAUUUACGGCCAAGAAGAUACUCCAGAUUAUGAUAUAAGCGCUAUUACAGCACCUGUUGCGUUAUUUUAUAGUGAUAACGACUGGAUUUGUGAUACUAAGGAUGUGGAACAAUUACAUUCGGAGCUGCCAAAUCCAGCUUUAUUGCACAAGAAUGAAGACGAACGCUUCAAUCAUGUCGAUUUUAUGUGGGCUAACGAUAUUGUCCCGUUAUUAAAUGUUCAUAUAAUUGAUAUUAUGAGUAAAUAUUAAUUGUGUGUGAUUUAAAUUUGUUAAUAAAAUUUUUUGUUUUAAUUUGA